AAAAUUUUUUAUUUACAGUUUGACUCGAUUCACACUUUUGUCUUCACAAUUUCUGGCUGAACAUAAAAAAACUCUACGUACAUUUAACAAUAAUAUAUUUACUGUUGACCUAAUUACAUGAAAAUCUUAUUGGUCGAAGGAAUUUACUUUAAUUAUUUAUACUUAAUAAAAAACUCGAAUAUUUUCGCGCUGUUAUUUCACAUCGUGAUUCUUCUCUCGGUUAAUUCGACAACUCUUUCACGCCGUAGUUCUGACUUUCUGGACACAGGUCUCUCGAUUACUGAUUACUCAACCGACACUGGUCCUUCACGCCGUAGUUCUGCCGGUUUACUCGAACACUGAUUUUUCUCCUGCCAAAGUUGCCUUUUAUAUCAUUGGCCCCUCCAUAUUGUCUUAAAUUUCUUUUUUUUUCUGACCUCGAUCUUUCGUGGUUGAAUCAUCCGAUCAAUUAGUGGAUUUGGUCCCGUUUUAAUUAAUUAUCAUAGGCGUCGCUAAGUGGUUUGUUAAGUAGGUAUCAUCAUAUAGGCUCGUGCAUGAUUUAUUGAUCCUUUUAGAAAUUUUUCGGAAUGUUAAUUGUUGAAAGCACUUAAUAAAAAAGGUCCAUGAACUUUUGCUUUAUUCACAUUCCAAUGUAUUAAUCAAUAUAGGGUAUCGGCUUUCAAUAAUUUCUGUAUAUCGAUGUUCAGAUAAAUUUUAAUUGAAGUUUCUGGUUGUGCUGUCUAAGUGAUGAUCUCUCCUGGGAUGGUUGUUUGGUAAGUCCUUGUUAUUUUUGAUUAAAAUUUCUGUAGUCACUACAGGACUAUGAAGUCUCGAUUGCGGAACACUAUCAAAAUUUACCAGCAACAAAAAUAGUAAUCAAAAUUGAUUGACAUCUAAUGUUGAAAAAACAAAUUAGAGGUUUUUCCAAAAAAAAAAUUUAAAUUUAUACCGAAGAAGUCUCGAAAGUCUCCUCAGAUUCGUUUCUCUCAACAUGGACAGACCCAGAAAACCACCAGAACAUCAAGCGGGCAGUAGUGGCGCUGGUAGAGGUCGCGGUGGACCAGUUUUGUAUCCGCACAUGAUGGUCGGAACUCCAAGUACUGGAACAAAGAAGAAAACUCGUACGGAGGACAUACUAACAGCCGAAGAGGAAGAUGCAAAAAGGGACAUGAUGAAAAGGCCCCAGCAACCAAAAGAGAAUAUCGUGAUAGAAGGAAAGGUCACCAUCACAUCUAAAAUUGAAGGAGAAAAAGAAGCCCUUUGCUGCAAGUACAACGAAGAAUACGACAGUAUCGCCAUCGGCUAUUCCGAUGGAGUUAUAAACAUGGUUCAAUCGGCCACUGGAGAACCGAUAGUUAAGUUAGGCGAUCCAGACGUCAUGGACAAUCGGGCGCCCGUUACUUGCAUUAAACAUCGACCUGUAUCCAAACAAUAUCCUAUUACCAAUUGCUAUACAGCUACAUAUGCCAACGGAUGCGUGAAAUGCUGGAGCUACAAUUUCAACCAGUGCCUCUAUACGAUUAGAGAGGACAGGCAAACUUACGGGCUCACGUAUCAUCCAAGAUUUACGAAGUUUGUCACUUUCGGUGACGAUUUGAAGGUUAAUUUUUACGACGAAGAGACAAAGACACAGGAAAGGGUUUUAUGUGCCAGUGAUAAUCCUGACGCUCACGAUGGUCACAUGUCCAGAGUAUUCGCCGCCUGUUUUCACCCGAAAAACAACUACGAACUGUUGACCGGCGGCUGGGACAAUGUGGUCCAGUUUUGGGAUUUGAGACAGCCGCACGCUCUCAGGCACAUUUCCAACGUCCACAUGUGCGGAGAGGGUCUGGACAUGAACAACAAAGGAACCGAGGUUCUAGCAUGUUCCUGGCAAAAAGAAGACCCCAUCCAAGUGUUCGAUUACGCAUCCGCUAAAAAAUUGUACUCUUUAGAGCCGGACAUUUACAUGACAAAAUUGUACUGCGGCAAAUAUGCUACCAAAGACUUUCUAGUUUGCGGCGGAUCCGAGCCCCACAUGUUACGCGUGGUGGAUCUACAAACUACUGCAACUGCGGCCAUGAUAAAUCAGUUACCGGGAGCCGUUUACGGGAUGGAUAUGGGACCGAUGAAAGUCAAAAAAGAAACCAAAACGGAAAAGUACACAUCGAAAAACGACAUUACGGUGGUACCGAAAAUUGCCUUUGUUGCCGGGAAGAGAUUGUAUCAAAUUGAUUUUGUUUAGCAUUGAUUAAGAAGUAAAAUAAAAUACUUUGUUGAAGAAAACGACGCAAAAUUCAUAACUUUGUUGUUUUUUUUUGGGGUUUUUAAUGACUCGAAAUCACACUAUUGGAUGCAAUGAUUUCGCGUUAACUUUUUUGUGGGUCAAAUUUGACCCUGUAUAAUAGAGGCAUGCAUUUUGCGUUUCAUAUAUCGCUGAAGGCAUACAAGCGUAUCGCGCACCUCCUGGAAUACCUAGUGAGAAAGGUAGAACGAUGCGUCAGUAUCAUCGAUACGAUCCUCUCUGGGGAGCCACGAGACCUUGCCGUUGGUGUAGAGGCUCAACGGCCGUACGUCGCUGUGGCUCACCAUACCAGGAAAGCAGACACACAGCAUCCUGGUAUGCUGGGUGUCUGCUAGACAAACAGCGUCAAAGAGGACACUCGACUCAGCCUCAGCCCGCAAUCUGGGUUUCGCGGACCUGUUUCGGGAUGGGGCCGAGUCGAUUGCUCUCUAUGGAAACCUGACUGGUAUAUCUCGCGCUCUAAGAUCGGUGGUUGAUGAGGAAGUAUCUUAGGACGUGAGGGCUUACCUUAACUGGUCGGCCAAGUGGAAGGCGAACCACAAAAAAAAUCCCUCCAAGUCACGGUGGAACAGCAUAGGCCAAGGACUGCGUGGUUAGGGGAGAGCCUAAUCGAUACUAUGCGAACUCUAGGGAUGUGGCGACCCCACGGCUUAACUAGCCCGACCGGGACAUGCGGUUAAGUUUACUUCCCUUGCUACUCGUGGAACCUAACAUGGACACACAACAAAAAACAAUCAAGGCGAAGAAUGAUAGCGCCUCAAGCACAUCCGCAAACAUGAAGGUAGGGAACUGUAAAAGCCCCACUGACGCAGAAGAAGAACUUCGAAGAACUCAGUGAAGAUCUGAUGAGUGCCCUCCAACUGAAGGGCGACGUGAGGAUCAGGCUGAGUGGCGUUGCCAGAAAGAGGAUGAAAUUUCUCAAAAAAAAAGGGAUGAGUGCAGACGAAGCCAGCAAAAAAAUCCUUGAGCCAAUCAAAGAACGGGCUAAAACCAAGGGCGAAAAAAGAGCCCGGUCGGAAGGAAACACCCCCGAGGUUUAAGAGAAAAUAAGAGCCAGGACAAGGGAAAUGAGCAGAAAUGCCCCGCCCAUAAAAAAGAAGGACACGAGCAGCAGUGCUCCGCCUUCUAGGGCUCCAAAACCAACCUUCAGCCAAAUAGCUGGAGGCAUAAAGGUAGGAAUACUACCUACAGACUUCCCCAAUUGCCUUUUAUCAGUGGAGCAAAUUCAAGCCACCAAAGAGGCAAUUAUGAACAAGAUCGUGGACGAGGUAGCAUCGGAUUGCCCAGGGGCGGAUGGGGUAGGUCAGACCGGCCCUGGAUUUCUCAAGCUUACCGGCCCUAUGAGCCUUAGAAAGCGGGAAAAUUGUAUGCCUAACGAAGCGCGCCGAAAAACCACGGAUUUUUCCAGGUGCCACGUCCAAAAAGGUUUUCUUCAAACUCUCAAAGUCCACGCUAGCGUCGAUUUUAUUCUGAUACUCGGAAUGUAAGCUACUGGGCCUACUGGGCACCCUAUAUAUUAGGACGCCAAUGGUCACCUGAUGUCGCACCUGUUUUUGCCAUAUACUUCACCCCGUCGCUCCUUAAAGCCCGUAUCAGACGUGCCGUUGCCGAUUCCUAUUGACGAUUACGAUUGGGAAUUCGACCAAUCAAAAUGUACCUGGUUCUGGUUGCGAUUGCCGUUGUCUGUUUAGGUUGGAGUCUAAAUUUUACGAGGCCUUUGUGAACCGUAGCCAAUGAAAGCGCUUCAUGAACAGCAUGUGUCAUGUGUCUAAACGUCACUUUUUUAGUUUUGCAAUUUAUCGCUUCUGGUACUGCACCUAAACCGAUUUUGGUUUGGAUCUUUCUCUUUCCUCUUCUUCCAAUAUAAUCAUAUAGCACAGCAACGCAGAAGAAACUUUCCAACGACGUUCGGCGCUGUACUUUGAAUAUUUUAGCUGCGACAUUUUGACGUUAUAAACAUUUCAAGUCACCAGCAAUCGGUAACGGAACGGUGUAAAGUGUGAUUGAAACCGCGACGGCAACGGCAUCGGCUAACGGAAUCGGUACGGCCUUUAAACGAAGAUAAAAAUUGACGAACAAUAAGUAAUGACGGACAGUACUGUCAUAACGACUUUUUAUCUCAGCGGUACAUAAUUUGAACUUUAUUGUCGUCAACACUCGACACAGAAGUGUUCCAUUAUGUUUCCAGGACCAUCAAAAUCUUUAUGCAUGGGGUAAUUUGUUCGAUUUUUUCUCGCUAGAGGCAGCAGCGUUGUGUUGUGCUCUUGUAAUUUACUAUACGUAUUCUUCUCGAUAGAUGGCAGCGUCAACGACCAAAUUCUCAAAAGCCUGAUUUAUUCCUAAUUACCUAAUUUCCACUAAUUUGUUCGUUUUCAAUUAUUUGUUCAAAUAAUAAAAGCAGGGACACUUUAUCCGUUAGGACAAUUAGGUCAUGUCCUACGGGCCACAGAGGAUGGGAGGCCAACUGCUGGCCUUUCCUUUAAUUUAUAAUAUAAAAGCCCACUAUAUUAAAAACAUCGACUUGUUUAGUAGCAGGACUAGCACAUAUUUCAAUACUCUUUAAUUCUUAAAAUUCACACUGCACAAGUACAUUUGGCUUGGCCAGAUUGCACUGCCUGACGUCACGAUGCUCUGAAAUUGGUCCGCUAGCUCCAUCGAGCAUCAAUCGGGAACACACCCUAAAGUCACUGAGCUGCGCUGAAUCGCCGUCGCGUCAUUAGCGCAGCACAGGCACAUGGCAACAACUACAGCAGGAACCUGUUAGUGUUAGUGUUUGCGCUAAGCCAUUUGUUUCGUCUGAGGGCCUGUUUAUCAAUAGAGAGUUACCCCAUAAGUUAGGGAUAACCCUGGGUCAAGGUUGUGACAAGUGUUUAUCUAUCCAGGGUCAACUGCUACCUCGAAAGUUUUUCCAAGAAAAAGUUAAACCGCGCUCUCACGGCAAGUUAGCGUAUUUGACCCUGGGUUAUCCUCAACAUUUUCUGUUAUUUUUUGUCUGCAUUUUUUUGAAUGUUGUGGUUUUGGCUUAAAUUUUGAAAUUCUGAAGAGAUGAAGGACCAAGAUUUCAGUGUUGAUGAUCGAAAUGUUCUAGAAUUUCUAAAACAUGAGCGACGCCCCUACCAGGUAAGGUUGAAGUCAAAUCCCUAAUCCCUUUGACAAUUUUGAUGACGUCGGCGAGUUUUCGCUUACGAAAAGAAACAAUCUUACUUGUUCUAGAACAAAUCGAAAAUCGAGCAUAGACUCGAAUUCCCAACAGACAGGUACCACGUAAGUACCUACCUAUGCUUCUGGUUUUUUCUCUCAGACAUUUUCUUCUCUUUGAAACAAAACAACAUAUUUCCAUACAGAAUAGGUAAGUACGCGAUACCGAAAUUUUCGUUACGGAGACAAAAAAUACCAUAAAAAAGUAAGGUUAUGAGCAGAAAAUGUCGAAAAAUCGACAAAAGUGAGCUGGCAACGUUGCAUAAGUAAUACCAACCUUCAAAGAACCCGAGAGUUUACAAGCCCUGGGUUGAAAAAGCUUAGAUAAACACUUUUCGAAUUGAGUAGGCACCUAGUUAAGUUAGCCCAUUAGAGUUAGAGUUAACCCAGGGCCAGCAAACUCUGCGAGUUAUCCCUUGAUUGAUAAACCGGCCCUAAAUGAGUCCAGACCUGCCCGACUCUGUCAGGUGCUGCCCCCUAACACCGGAGAGAGUACCAGCUCGGAGAGGGAGACAUUGCCGGGUGAACGAGAAAAAUUCGAUUACUUUUAUUCUGGAUGUUCACAGUCCUAAAAUAUAAUAAUUAAGUUAGUUUUUGCUUAUUUUUUCACUGCAACUAUCUAUUCUCAAGUGUAAAGUUGACAAUAGAGUGAUGUAAAAUUAUCAGUGGUGUUUCCUUUGGUCGGAUAAAUACAAAUUCUUCAGUUUAACCUCAAACCCCUUAUAAAUUGGCGCUCCAACUCGUGGCCUGAAGAAUGUGUGUGGAAUUCCGCUAAGAAGUUACUGCAGGUAUUUUGAUUAUUGCUAUUCGAAACUUUAUAUUUCUGCUGCCUUUUGACACUGUGUAAACAGUUCGACAGCCAAAACCUGUUGCAAGUAUUUUAUGAUUUUUAUAAGUAUUCCGAUAAUCCUAUUUUGGUUUUGUUCUGACACUGCAUCACAGCCCUGUGAAUCACAGUUCGACUGCCAAAAACUUGAGUUAUCCUUUUAUUAUUUGUUCAAGCGUAAAGUGUUGACACUGUUUUGCAGUUCCACUUCUACUAACCUAAGUUGUUGUUUACAAU